UCCGCAGUCCUGACAACAUCACCUGGCAAAUUAAAUAUCAACUGAUUAAAUACAUUCACUGAAGACUAUUAAACUAUAUGAGAAUGACAACAGUAAAUUUAAUUUGUUUUACAGACAUGGCUGUGAAAGAAUGUGAACCUUAUACUUACGAAUUUAAGAAUACAAAUCAUUCUGCUGAAUUCCUUGAUGCUUUUAAAGCAUUCUAUUGGAAUGAAUUAUUCACUGACAUUACUUUAGAAAGUUUCUCAGGACAGCUAUUUCACUGUCACAAAGUUGCUCUUGCGGCUUGCAGCACUUAUUUCAAAAUAAUGUUCACAGCAGAUAUGCGAGAAAAAGCCACUAGGAUUAUUAAACUUCCUAACAUUGAUGACAGCAUUUUGGAUGCACUAGUAAACUACGUAUACACCUCAGAGGUAAUAAUAACCAAACAAAAUGUCCAAAGCCUGUUGGAGAUUGCUGACCAGCUACAAUUUGUAUCUAUUAAAAAGGCAUGUGAAAACUUUCUGGUCAGACAUCUCGAUAUUGACAAUUGUCUAGGAAUGCAUUCUUUUAGUGAAUUCCAUAUUUGCAAAGAUUUAGAGAGAGAGUCUCGUAGAAUGAUUCUCUCCAGAUUUGAAGAUGUUUCAAGACAAGAUGAAUUUUUAGAUAUCAGCAAGGAUAAACUACUCUUCAUUCUGUCCAGGGAGAACCUUUAUGUGCGGAAAGAAGACAUACUUUUGGAAGCCAUUAUUAAGUGGAUUGCUUAUGACAUAAAAAAUAGAAUUGAAUAUUUGAAGGAGUUAUUAAAAUACAUUAAUACUGAUUUGGAUGAAGUUUACCUCAGAGCAGCACUCACGUUGCAAGGGCAAUCCCUUCUUUCAAGUGAUAUUAAGAUGCAUUCUUUAAAAUGUCAUGUUCUUAAACCAAAUGAAAAUGAUAAUAUGAAUUCACAGACCUGCAAGAAGUCAACAUGUGCUAUGUAUAUAGUUGGUGGUUAUUACUGGCAUCCACUUUCAGAGAUCCAUAUUUGGAAUCCAUUGACCAAUUUAUGGACACAUGGUUCACUCAUGCCUGAUCACAGAAGAGAAAGUUACAGUGUUGCUGUUUUGGGACCAAACAUUUAUGUAACAGGUGGCUAUAGUUCAGAUAGCCUGGAGGCCCUGGACACAAUGUGGAUUUAUAAUUCAGAAAUGGAUAACUGGACAGAAGGGAACCCAAUGCUGAAUGCUCGUUACUAUCACUGUUCAGUGGUGAUGCAUGGAUGCAUCUAUGCAAUGGGAGGCUACAGAGGUGGAGCUCCAACAUGUGAUGCCGAGUUUUAUGAUCCUUUGAAAAGAAAAUGGAUUCCGAUUGUAAAUAUGUUGAAAGGAGUUGGAAAUGCAACAGCUUGUGUCCUCCGAGAUGUUGUCUAUGUAACAGGAGGUCACCAUGGCUACCGAGGAAGCUCUACUUAUGAUAAAAUUCAAAGCUACAGAUCGGAUCUUAAUGAAUGGAUGGUCGUAACGAUUACCCCACACCCAGAGUAUGGACUGUCCUCUGUGGCUUUGAAUAACAAGAUCUACCUUGUUGGUGGCCAAACAACUAUCACUGAUUGUUACGACACAGAAAAAAAUGAAUGGAAACAGAUAGCCCAAAUGAAUGAAAGACGGAUGGAAUGUGCUGCAGUAGUGAUGAAUGGAUGUAUUUAUGUUACAGGUGGAUAUUCUUAUUCUAAAGGAAUUUAUCUUGAGAGUGUUGAGAAAUAUGACCCUGAACAAGAUUCUUGGGAAAUGAUAGGGAAUCUGCCUAGUGCCAUGCGGUCACAUGGUUGUGUAACCAUAUAUAAUGUCUAAGCACAAAUAUAUUUUGCUUUCAAUUGGAAAAUCAGCGAUGAUCCAACUGAUUGGUGGGACAAUUUUAGUGGGCUGCACAGUCUAUUCUCGUUCCUAAACAACAUAAAAAAGUGAAUAAAUUAGAGAGCCAAGAGACAGAUAAGACUCAUUUUACACUAGGGAAUAGCCAUGAUAUUCUCAUUCUAUGAGCAGAAAAGGAAGUCAAGGAAUAUGGGGAUAUUCUGGGAAUUGUGGGAGUGGUGAAAUAGGCUUGACGAACCAGGGGGCCUGCUCCUAUUACUAUUUUAAUGUUAUUAAUAAAUGUCAUGACAUGUAAAAGCCUGAUGCUCACUAUAAAUAAGAUAGAAAAGAGGAAGGGUACAAAAUACAACCCGAAGGCUAAUGUGAGAAGAAACAUUUUCAAACAGCAAGUUGUUAGGAUAUGAAAUACACUGUCUGUAAAUGUGGUGGAGGUUCAAUUGAGGCAUUCAAGAAGGCAUUGGAUAGUUAUUUGGAUAGUAAUGACAUGCAGGGAAAAGGCAGUAAAUGAUAGACCCAGUGAAGGCAAAAUGGGCUAACUGAUCUUCCUCUGUAUAGUAAUAAUUCUGUUAACUCUGAUUCUGCAAUACAAGGGUGAUUUUUGUGUUCCGUAUUAGAAACGGUGCUGUGUGCCUGCAGUCUCUUACAAUAAACUGCCUUGCUUCUUGUCAUGUUUUGAAGGAGAUGAUAGAUUUUUUGGUAAUGUCACAGGACUAGUAGUCCAGAGGCCCAACAAAAUGGGGACAUUAGAGAUUACAAAGUUUGAA